AUGAGCAAUUAUCAACAUCCAGCAGCUGACAACUAUAAUUCUCGCACCACAUCUAGCCGCCAUAUCCGACGACAACAAAAAAAUCGGAUGCGGUCGGAUCUUGGUUACGUACCCAGAUCGAAAACAGUGGGAACCUGGUGCGGUUCCGGCCAUCGUCAUAAAACACUGGAUAUGUUGGAAGGAACAGGCCGGAAAAUGGCACCUAUAUCCCAAAAUCACUUCCGGGCACUGGAGUUGAAAGGAAAUAAGCGGAAUCCGGUCAUCGUCGACCUUGAGCUUAAUGGUAACUUCAAUCUCUAUUAUAAAGUACGCCAAUUUACUUUAAUUGUUAGACCAGCAUCGAUGUUAAACGAAACAGAAAGUUUACGUUUAAUGGAAUAA